CGCUGCCGCUGAGGACGCUGCUGACAAAUCUUGUCCAAAAGUACAACUUAUCAAAUGUAAAAAUGUCUGGGUCUGGAAGAAUGCAAGAUUUGUGAUGCAGGUUUUCCAUGACCCAUGAGGUCUGGAAUGCGAGACCCAGCGUGACAGAUUUUUUGAGGUCUCUAUCAUGCCUUUCCUGCAUGAGAAACUCCCUCUCAACUUGGUCAAAAGCGGACAGCUUUUGGUACUCACGCAACACAGAUUUUUGCAUCAUUCGGAUUUAGCAUGACAAGUUCUAAUCUUCCAGACCCAGACAUUUUUAUAUUUGAUACAACUCGUGUGCGAAGAUAUGAGUACAACAGCCGAAGAUGAUGGUCCUUCACACUAUAUUAAUCCCCGCCUGGUGCAGCAGCCCACAGAAAGAACCCACCUGGUGCAGCCCGAGCCGAAAUGUUUUCAACACGCACA